AAAAGUCCGGAUGAUUCCCGAGUGAAUAAAACAUGGCGAGCUCCACUGCAGCGGUGGGAACAAGCAUCUCGAUACGUUUGAAAAACCUUGCAAUCAAAUCCAUUGCCCAAAGAUGUGUAGAAGUGGAUUCAAUCAUCCAGUCAACAGGAGGGAAGGAACUGAGAAAUGCCCUCCCAGACCUACUGGAGCACAUCUUUGGCCUAGAUUCAGAGCCUGGAUGGGGACUGGACAUUCUAUGUCGCUCUACUAAUACACACGAUUUUGAUGCAGUGAGGAAACUUCUAGCUCCUGAAGGUCCGCUUUUUACCCUUAUCAGUAAUCUGCAAGGGGACCAGUACAUUAGCUACGAAUUUCCAAUUAGAUAUUUACCUGCCCCAACAAGAAACAUUAUUGAGGAAGGAGGGAUCCCUUUGUUUUAUGCCAAUAAAUUGCAGUACCAGAACUAUGGACGCCCAACAGUGGUGCUUAAUGCGUUUGAGUGUUACAUGUUCCAUUUUGUGUAUUGCCUGGUUAGUCCAGCAUGGCAGAAGAGAAACCCGACUUGGAACACACUGACUGACUGCUUGUAUCCCUGUCUCCUAGAUGAUUAUCUCACAUACUUCUUACCACUACACAAAGACAGUCUUCCAGCAAUGCCCCACAAUAUCUCUCCCAUGCGUAGUCCUAUGGCACACUCAAUCAUAGGAAGUAAAUCCUCUAGCAAUGUGACACCACCCAAGACAAAGUCAAGGCUAGGUCUGCUGAAGUCCAGCUUCACAACUAUGCCUAAACAGCAUACUCAGGGCUCACCUGUGUUUGGUCAGAGCGAGGCAGAAACCUGGCGCUCAGAAACAUUGCUUCAGAUUUUGGCAGAAUUUUGGCUGAAUCAGAACCCAGUUGAGGUAGAAAGACAACUACUUACUGGCAAUGCAAUGACUAUGAUUGGCCCUUCCCGGCGGGCUCGAGGACCAUUUGACUAUUUGUAUGAACACUUCAUGCCAAGUAAGAACCACACCCGCCUUGUACGCAUGCUCAUCAAACACGUCCAUAACUUUGUCAAUACGGCCCCCCACGAUGUGCUGACAUCCUCAUACCAAACCCAUCUGGUAUCGCCCCUUGAUGAGUUCAAAAAGAGUCUGCUUCCACACAUCAUCCAGAAGAAACUGUAUGCUUUCCUUAGACAUGGAUUCGAUCGGUGGCCAUUGGAUUCAUCAUUUAGGCUGAUGUUGGAGACAUGGCUGACAUACAUCCAGCCCUGGCGCUACAUCCCCAGUGCCAACAACAACCGGACCAAACUCCGCCGUGAUAGUGACCCUGAUACCAAGGCUGUGGAUGAAAUCCGCUGGCACCCCUUUGUGGAGGAUAAUCUGUUGUUCUACACUGUACUGUUCCAAGAGUUCCUGUGCCGUGUGUUCCGUAUGGACCUCACUGCUCCCAUCAAUGGCGUCAUGUUGUACAGGGUUGCAAAGGUAUUCAGUCUCCAGAACCUGUCAACACUUAUUCGUACAGCUGAGCGUGACUUGUGUUCCUCCCUGUACCGCUCCCUACGACUGUCCCCAACCCAUGAUCUAGGAGGUAGUUAUCUGUCACAGGAGACAAACCUCAGCCUACAUACACAGAUCUCGGAGCUAGAAAGGUCAGGGUUCCAGUAUUCUCCGAUGUUUGGGCCGGCUGCAGACCCCACCAUACAGGCAGUGACGGACGUAAUGAAACAGAUAUGUCAGGCCAAGACAACCAUCAGUACUGUGGAAUCCUCAAAGACAAAACACACCAAGUCUGGCCUGUCCUCACUCUUUGAUAUGUCUACCUGGUUUGAGGACCAAAACAAGAGUUUUGGAGACCUGAGUGUUGCUGAGGUGAAGAAACUCCAUGGUUAUCUUGAGAUGAGCAUCAAAGGAUUAUGUGUUCUGUUUGAGAUACCGCCCAUCGAUUACCAGUCACACGGUAUGUGCUCCUCUUUGUACGACCCAACCUUAACGUUGGGACAGGCAUCCUUACUGGGCUGUUUGUCUGAGCCAGGAACACCAGACUGUGAGGAAACAGAGGAGGGUAUACAACUUACACCACUCGGUAGAUACCAGAUGAUGAACCGGAUGAAAAAAUUUGAUAUUGGUUACCAAGGGGACCCAGCUUUACAGCCUAUUAGAAGUUUUGAAAAUGCAUUACUAGUGCGUCUACUGCACCAGUUCUGUCUCUUCGUAAACACACAGUUCCACUCGGAGAUCCUGAACCUAUACUACAGAGAAGGAAUCCUUGGAAAGCUGUUUCAGGUGUACCUGUCCCCAACUCUGACACCAGACAAAACACUCACUUCACCAAUCUCUAAAAAUGUGCGCCAACAACUUGAAACACCAAGACUUAAUCUACGCUUUUUGGCAAAUUACCGCAACUUGAUGUAUCUAGGAAUCGUGUAUCUGUUUCUGAGAUUUCUGUUUGGACUAAGUCCAAUGGGAUACUUUUUCUUCCUCUUGUUUUGUGGACUUGUGAUUGGAUUCCUCCGAGCGUUAGCGCAGCCAAGACAAACGUCACACACAGAGAGUGAUACGUGAUACCAUUGAUGUGCUAACUAGGCGUUGUGAUAAACACAGGUGGCCGCGAACAAAUGCAGCAGUAAAUGACACGCCCACCUGUCUUGUAGCCCCUGUUAAUACAUAUGAAUGACAGAGCCUGUGAUGAUAUUAAUUCUGGAAAAAAUCUUACAAUAAAGUAUAUUUUUCCAAUGGUGACCACAAGAAGGGUUAGACAUAUUACACAGAACAAGACGAAAAUAGUCAGCUCCUUCGGGGACGAGACAGGGAUCUCAACCUUCCAAGCAAGAUUUCUAAAAUGUCAGACACUUGGUAAGCCUUGUGUUAAACAACUUACAAAUCUCCCCUCACCCCAUGUGGGUGAAAGAUAUUAUAACUGUCACAGUUAGGAGGGAAUACAUGUUUUUUGUAUUUGAUCAAAUAUUUUGAUGAUGAGAUGGAGUGCUCAUUUCAUUUAUCUAUUAAGAUGUUGUGAUAAAAAACGACAGACACAUUUUCUUAAAUAUAGUAUUUUUUAGACAUAAUUGUUCAUGUAAUAUUGAGUUAUAUAUAAUUAGUAAUUUUGAUAUGAUGUUAGCAGAAUUUAUGGAACAAGUUCAUUUUAUUCAGUAUGUCAUGAAUAUGAAUACAUUGUAUAAAAUUCCUAAGUAUAAAGCAAAAUCCAAAAUUAUUUUCCCUAUAAGAUAGGAGAAUUUUUACUCAGCGGGUGCUUUCCCAGUGCAGAGAUAAUUUAGUACCAUCUGAUAUAACGUCACGGGAGAAUUUUUACUCUAAUGGUACAUUCUCUGUACACAGAUAAUUUAUUUAUUUAAUAUAACCUCACAGUAGUGUUAUAUUAUCCAUAUUGUUUGAUAUUGACUUGAAAUUAAAAUUAUUAAAACUGCAUCCCUCAUUUACUUCUGUAAGCCCACACUAUGGAGAGGGUCUGAUGUUACACUAGUGGAUUUCACUGAGGAUGCUAUAACAAUCACCCUAUCAAAUGUACAGUACCAGGUUUUAGAAAGUAGAAUUAUAUAAAGUGGAUUAAAUGAUAAUUGCCUGGGGGUUCCAUCAGAUAUCCAUGUGACCAAGAACAGAAAAUGUAAUUCAAUCCAAUUUUACUGAUGCUUGAUAACAUAGACAUGUCCCAAGGCAGUACAUGCCAGUUGUAGGAUAGAUUUCUGUUCGGGAAAAAAUAAGAAAUAGAGCAUUAUACAUUGUACAGUUAUCAUGAAAUAUCUAUAUUGUUAUAUUGUAGUUUGGAGUGAUUUUAUCGUCAGGGGAAAGUAAUUAACUACAUACAUAUGUACAAUGAUAUUGUAUUGAAGUAAAAACACUAUAAAAUACUGUGGUGGCAGAUCUAGAGUAGUUAAGGUGUCCCGACACUUAAACACUAGCCCUCCAUCUCUGGGUUGCGAGUUCGAAAACCUACGUGGGUAAGUUGCCAGGUACUGACCGUAGGCCGGUGGUUUUUCUCCAGGUACACGGGCUUUCUCCCACCUUCAAAACCUGGCACGUCCUUAAAUGACCCUGGUUGUUAAUAGGACAUUAAACAAAAUAAACCAAACUUAUAAAAUACUGAUUAUCCUGUAUGGUCUGCAGUUCAGCACAUAUUUGUUGUCUUUAUUUAUUUUUAUAACCAACAUUAAGGCUUGCUUUAUGUAAUCUGUAUACAGAGUAAAUAAGCUGUACAUUGUGUUUAUAUAGGUACUAAGGACCUUAAUGUGGCUGUUAUGGCGAUGGAGUUAGAACUCUUUACAUGAUUGGCGUCGUCCUGUUAAAUGAUGUCUGGAGUUAAAACUCUUUUCAAUGUUUUAAUCAUCCAAUUAAAGGAUGUUUGUGGAGUUAUAUCUCUUUCCAAAGUUGUAGUUGUCCCAUUAAAUGAUAUUUUGUGGAGUUAAACUUUUCACAAUGUUUAAGAGUAGGGGUCAGUCAGAACAGGCAAAGGAGACCUUGAUGGUUCAUCUAUUUAUUAACGACUGGUUUCGUCCAUACUGUGGGCUUCUUCAGGACAAAACAUAGAGUAUUUGUACACCUAGGAUUCUAAAAAUGAGGAUACCACAUGCAUUGUUAACUGUGACAUAAGUGAUAAUGUUAGACAUUGUGAUGUCAUCAACAAUGGAUAUUACAGUGACGUCAUCAAUAAUUGUUUACAUUAUCACGUCAUCAACAGAAUCAUGAUAGAUAAUUACUUUUAACAGGACAGAGAUAUCACUACAAAGAGAUUAAGUAGGAUCUUCUGAUUAAGAUUAAAAAGGUACUAUUGAUUGUGAGUAUCAUUACAAAGUUCUGAAUCUGUAAAAUACAGGUAUCGUUUUAAGGUAAGCUGGCCUUUGUAUACUGUACAAUAUAAAGGAAUCAUUAAAGAGAUCAGUGUUUACUUGUUUACAAUGUUGUAGUUAUCCCAUUCAAUGAGGAGUAACACAUUGAAAUGUAUGAUGGUUGACUAUAAAGGGAGAUUUUUUUAAUUACCGUGGGUAAAUUGAUUAUAUCUGAUGCAAGUGUACAGAUAAAUUGCUUUUUGCUGGUAUCUCUUGUAGAGAUGUCGAAGUGAUUAACAAUGCUGCUACAUAAAAUAUUUUUU